AAAGCAUUCGCAUCAAUCGCUUAGCACUGGCAGUUGCAACCCUGCUAUGCACCGAUAACGUUGUGUACGCAAAGGUUCCGAUUUGUCAUUUGUGGGUGACACCUAACCAGAACCGCAUGGCAUCAACGCGAGGUCUUGUUCCAUACAACGGCUGUGUUAUUGUUCAAACAUCAAAAUUUUAUGAUAUCGUUGCGAGGGAAACUCGAGGUCAAACAGUACCACCUGAUAUUCCUGGCCGAAGCUCGAGUCGGGGUUGUAUAUUCCUUUGGCUACAUUCUAGUAUAAGUAUGCUAUGCUAAAUGAUACCAAUGGCUCCGCACGGUUCGGUUCAGCAUGUUUCGGUCACUCCUUAGAUUCCCCACCAAGCCUCGCGGUCACAAAGAUGCAGAGAAGGAACUCGUUGAAGUCAUGGAACUUUUCUCCAAAUACCCAUCAUAUCUGGCAGAGACUGACAAGACCGAGUUCAAGAAUGAAUGUGAGAGACUUCAGCGCGAAAUAAAGUUGUACAAAAUCGAGAAAUCAACAGCAAAACUGAGGAAUGCGGACAUGAUAUUGGAUGAGUGCAGGGCCCUCAAACGCAAAGUCCAAGAAACGAUCGACGAUCGUAGAGUAACUUCUAUGAUAGGAGAAGUUUCCGCGCCCACAGGUGUAGUGGGCAGAGGGCACGAGAAGUUGAACCCACCACCUGCUAGAGACGCAUCAGCAACAGAAUCUAGCCACUCAAAUGAACCACCAAAUGUCAAGACCAUAGGCUCGCUUCCUACAACAUCGGCAGACACAUCGGCCACUGAUAAGACUCGUUUCAAACCUCAGUCAGGUGUCCCUUCGGUUAACCCUGGUUCUGGCCUCCCUCAAAGCUAUCAUAUUCCUGUACACGCUAACUCGACGCAGGCAAUUCCCAAAGUAACGUCGAAAAUCUCGUGUGCAGUGGACUCGACGCGGGCAAUUUCCCAAGUAACGUCGGGAAUCUCCUAUGCAGUAGAUUCGACGCAGGCAUUUCCCCAAGUAGCCUCAGGAAUCUCGCGUGCAGUGGACUCGAUGAUCAUGGAGGGUACCAUUGCAGAGUACCCAACUAUGAAUGUCGACUCCCCAGAUUGCUCCGGCGCUAAAAUCCUCUCGCACGGGCCCCGGGCUGCUCAGCAGGUACCUCAGCCCGCUCGUCCUCCGCGAGCUGUUGGUAGACGUGCACAACAGCAACCCCGUAGAUUCGCGAAUGCAAACAUUUCGUGCAAUAGUUCUAUGAUACUCUCCGGUUCCAGUGUGAGGGGCGCUACGUUGAAUGUCAACGCCAGAAAUUGUUCUGGAGCUGGUAAGCACAUCUUGUCCAAUCGAAUGUUGAAUCAGCUGAAAAAACACGUUGCAUAAACGGUAGUGUUUUCUCGUGAUAAUAAUCUCAAGAGAGUCCGAUAGAGAAGGAUAGGGACAAUCAGUCAUUAGAGUGGGGAGCACGAAGGAUCUGGUCCGGAUGCAUAAUAUGUUCAACCCGUUAUUAUCCCAGAUGAAAAUUAAUCACUUAUGAAUGGUUUAAGACUUGCCACGUACCUAAUUA